GUGUCUCAUGGCGAAGGAAGGAGACCAGUUGCCACCAGGAAUCUUUGUUUAUGGAGGACCUUGGAAGUACCUUACUUUUUUGAACUUAUUACUACAAAUGUCAUUUUUUGGACUGGCGGCCCUGAAUGAUCUACAAACAUUAAAGAAACUAGAGAGUACUCUGAACAAAUGUAAAGACCUGCUCUUCUCUGUCUUUGUCUUCCCAGUGGGCAUGUUUGUUGUUCUACUUUUCUGGACGAUCUUUGCCUACGACAGAGAAUUAGUCUACCCAGCUACUAUUGACACCUUCUUUCCUCCCUGGAUAAACCAUGCUAUGCACACAUUUGUCCUUCCUGUUUUACUUGGAGAAGUGUUGGUGCAGCCUCACAUCUACCCACAGACUAAACAUGCACUGGCAGCAUUGGGAGGUGUGGGCUCGGCAUACUUAUGUUGGAUUGUAUGGGUGUACUUGUCAGUUGGGAUUUGGGUGUACCCCCUUCUCGCGCACUUCAGCACUGCUGGUCUGGUGGGCUUCUUCUUUUUGAACAUGUCGGUGGUGACAUUGCUCUACGUGCUAGGAGACAAGCUCAACUGCCAAGUUUGGAGUAAGAAGCUUUGCAUUUAUCCCCGGGGACAAACAUAG